AUGAUUGCUGUGCUACCUGUCUUGCGGGAAAAACGCUCUCAGUCUCCUCUGAAACUCCAGCGAUGCGCCAUGGCCCAAACUUAUUACUUGGACUCACCUGAUAUUGCCAUGUUCAAAAAUCCCCCACACCCUUACUCUCCGCGAGAUUGUCCUAGUCCGAUCACUUCCUCUGCCCCGUCCUCGGUUGCUCCCUCACCUCACUUCGCACCGACAACUGAGGAGCAGCUACCUCCUACUCCAGCAACCCUCAGCAGUUUGUCUCUCUCUGUGAGCAACGAUAGCGACGACGAGAUCAUCCUACCUUCAUAUGAUUCGAGCCACUUCAACGACUUGGACGAGCCUGUAUCAGCUGUUGCCUCGGACCAGGCCUCGGAGUCAUUUCUCACGGACCCCCCUUGUUUGCAUGUACAUGCACCGGCCGCUGAUGAUACUUCGGUUGAAGAGGAGCCGACCAGGCAUGUCGAUUAUCUCUCCCAUGAGUGGAAAGAGGAAGAUAUUUGGGCUUCUUGGAAAUAUGUCGUUUGCCGCAGAGACAUUUACAGCAAUGGCGCGAGAUUAGAGAAUGCCUCGUGGCGGACUUGGGCAAAGCUGAAGAAUAACUUGGGAACGGUGUCGCCCGAGACCCUCAAUUGGUUGAAAGAUUGCGAUGUAACAUGGCUGUAUGGUCCGUUGAAGUCCUGCGCCAAGUUUACAAAAGCGUCGCCGAGUAUCUCCCCGCCUCCGAGCUGCCUCGAAACCCCCUCGAUGUAUGCGGACAGGAAGCCGAUCUUGAAGAAAAGGACAGCGUCGGAGACUAUCUUGCAACGAUCGCUGUCUCAGCACACCCUCCUGCAACACGCAGGCGCUAUCUUAAAGGCGCAAGAGGCUGCUUCUUAUCGGACUUGGCCUUCUGUCUCAAGGCCCGAACUUGGACCUCGCCUGAAUACGUCGUCAGCCAAUCGUCCAUACGUUCCGCUCAGUUAUGCCUCUACUACAAAAGAGUCGUCUGGGGUGGCCUCUCCUAGCGGGAGGCGCCGUAUUCACUUCAAUAACGAGGUAGUGCAAUGCAUAGCUAUCGACGCCAAGGGUGCCGACGAUGACGACGACGAUGACGAGGAGGAGUGGCCGGUAGCUUCAGAAGACGAUGUUUUGUCGGACGACGGUAUCGUCAUGAUGAGACAGUCCCCGCCACAAGAGUCUGGGAGUCAUAAAAGUACGCCGCGUGGCAGUUUCAGCAGCGAGAACAAGAUAAUCGCUCCUCUCCCUCCGACUACCCUCAAGUAUCGAGGGGACACGCCAGAACCGCCAUCAGGCUCGAUGAUAGGGCGAUGGACAGGAUACUUUUCGAAAUCGACUGCCGCAUCUACACCUUCCGUACCGUCUGAUCCGGCGUUCAGCUUCUUUUUGGACAGCGAGGAUGACCAUGUGGAUUUCUGCUGGCAGCCGAGCCAGAGCCAAGGCGUCACAGACGGGAAUCGGCCGUGGUUUGUGAACCCUGAAGAUGAAGAAGAGGUUCACGGACAUCAGUGUUCGAACUCCAGUUUGAGUAAAUUUCUGGAUGAAGGAGACACCUCGAACGUCAGCAUAUUUGAUAGGGUUGUUGAUACUGUCAACACAGCCAGAGACAUUGCUCAUGUGAUAUGGAACGUUGGAUGGCGAAGGUGA